GACCAUCACGGCAGACCGCAUCGUCCAUAAUAAACAUAACAAGAGACCAUCACGGCAGACCGCAUCGUCCAUAAUAAACAUAACAAUGCAGCUGGCGACAUUUUUUGCUCUCGCAUUUUUUGUACCGCUGACCUUCGCUGGUGAUCACGGGCUUCCAGCCAAGUGUCUCAAAGAGUAUUCGAGUAUUGUGAGUCACUAUGGAAACAGGAAGGGGCACUGCGCAAGACUUCAGAUGAUCCUGAAUUGCUUCAAACCGACGGAGAAGACCGCAGGCGCAUCUGGCAAGACCCUAGAUGCCAUGCGCUACCUGUUCUACCAGGAGGGCGUGUUUGUCAGUAAGCUUGGUGAAUGUAAAGGAAUGGAGACCGAGUCGCUCAAAGAAGUUGUCAAGAAAAGCGAUUUAGCAAAGAGGCUAAAAGCAAAUGGCUUUGUAGGGCUUGACUCAGUGGAAACCAGCGAAGAUGACAGAUGCGCACUGGACGUCCACCGCGCGUGCAUCGACAAAUACCUCCGCCGCGUUAUGAGCAACCAUGACGUAUGCAUGGACGCAGACGACUGGGCCAAGUGCUAUCACGACGAAAAAGCGCGGGAAAAUUGCAACGCAAAGAUUCUGGAGGAUUUCACCGCCAUGUUGGACGGGGAGGUUGGGCAGACUGUGAUCAAUGGCGUCAUGGAAAUCAUGGGCAGGAGCUGCGUAAGCGAGUAAUUUCCCCGCCACUAAAAAGCGCGGGAAAAUCAUCGAAUGGUAUUUUUAACGCAGUUGUGGGGAUUUGUAAUACCAGGGUUGUUACUCAAUAAAGGAAUUGCUUGAGAA